AUGAAUGUCUGUGGCUUCAAAUGGAUUAUUUAUAUAGUGUCUACUUGUUCGUUUGGCUGGGGUACACUGAGAAGAAAAUGCUGGUUACUGGAAAGAAAAUAUCUGUAUCCAGAUAUACACCUAAGAUUCCAUAAAUGCAGGGAUUUUGAACUCUUCAACUUUACAAUAGCCGUGACUUGUGAUAAGGUGGAAAACUCCAAUGAUUUGCUGGUAGAAGUGCCUUUGAAAACAGAUUUACUUUGUCUAACAGAAUAUAAAGGUGAGAGAAUGGAAGCCAAAUCAUUUACUUUGUUCUCAAACCUCAAAGCCCUGUAUGUCACUGGCAAUUUUGAGCUUCUUCCUGGGGUCUUUGAUGGUCUUUUUCAACUUUCAACUCUGUGGAUAAAAUUGGAAAAUAUGUCUAGCAGCAUUACAUUUCACAACGAUACUUUUAGCGGAUUACACAACCUCCAAGAACUAAAAUUAAUUGGUAUACCAUUUUCAGCGUUGGAUACUUCAAUGUUCAGCCAUAUUUACCAACUGCAAAAUCUUAUAUUGGAAAAAAACAACAUCAGCUUUCUGUCUACGGUUACAAAAUCAUUGAGAAGACUGAAAACAUUAAAGAGUCUUUCUAUAAUAAACAAUGACAUUAAUAUUCUAAGGAAAGAUGACUGUCUCCAUUCAGAGAAUUCUGUGGAUUUCAACAUCAGUUUUUUGGAUCUGAGUAUGAACAAGUUGGUCAUUGUGGAGAAUAACUCUUUGUGCAACUUUCCACACUUGUCUCAAUUUAAAGCCGACGAUAUUGGCUUGACAAUUGAUGAUGUCUUCCACUCUGGUAUUAAAACGACACAGGCACUUUCAUUGUCCAAUAAUCGCUUGCCCGCCUUUGAGUUGUGUAAGUGUGUAUCUUAUCUGAAUGUUCAAAAGCUUCUGAUAAUGCAUAACUCAAUAAAAGACAUUAAAACUUCAACAGAGGAAUGCAAAAACCUAAAGAUACUAAAUCUGUCACAUAACUCUUUGCGAAAAAUACAUUUCAAUCAAAUGCGACAUCUUAAGGACCUAAAGGAUUUGGAUUUAUCCCACAACCAUAUAAGCCAUUUGAACAUUUGCCCAAAUGAAUCCAUACAUACCUAUGUUAUGGAUCUUGAGUACCUAAGAUUAUCUCACAAUUUUUUAGGAAUUGUCUCAAAAAGGCAGUUUCAUUGCUUAGAAAAACUUCAGAUAUUGGCUUUAGAACACAACAAAAUAUACAAAAUCUCAGAUUAUGCAUUUUAUGGCUUGAAACAAUUGCAAGGUCUAUAUCUACAGCACAACCACGUAUCUCGCAUAAAGAAAUGUACAUUUUCUGACCUAUUUUCUUUAACUGAUCUGAAUUUACAUCAAAACAAAAUACACAUUCUAGCGGAUUUUCCAUUUGAUGAUUUACAGAAACUCCAGAAAAUUAAAAUAACUUUUAAACAUUUCAAAAACAACAUAUGGAAAUACAUUGGGAGCUCUGUGAAGCAUAUUUCUGUAAAAGCAUGCAAAAAAGAUGUUUCAUUAUUAGCUGAAAACUUUAAUAACUUUUCCAAACUAAUAUCCUUAGAGGUUGAGUCAAAGAAUGUUUUUGUUAAUUCAUGCAAAACAUUUCUGUUUAGUAAGUUGAACGAGAUGUAUUUGAAAAAUAACAUCUAUUUUACUUGCUUUGGGUCGGGUCAGCAAGCAUUAGGUAAUUUCCGAAAUUUGGACAAACUUUUUUAUGACGCCCAUUCGCAUGAAUCAUCUGCUAGAGUCACGCUUAAUUCCACUUUGCAACAAUUAAAAAAACUAGAAUUUCUUCGCUUAGAAAACACCGAUAAGAUCAUCGGAAGAGGUGCAGUAAAUGUGUAUAAAUUAUUUCAUGGGUUAUCAAAUCUAAAAAUCUUGCAUUUGAAGAAUUCUGGGUUAGAUCACUUAGAUUCACCAGCCAUUUUUCAUGACUUAAAGUCACUAGAAUUUCUAUUCAUUGAAAAACAAUCAAUUCAAGAAAUUAGUAAACAUGUGUUCACAUCAAUGCCUAAUCUUAGCUAUGUUUACUUCCAAGAUAUUCUUUUUCCUUGUAAUUGUAAAUUUAUUGGGUUCCUGUCAUGGCUUGAAUACAAUACACAGACACCCAUGGUUAAUUUUCAUGAACAGCAAUGCUUUAUGAAUUCUGCAAAUAUUAAUCUGAUUGAUUUCUUGCAUAUGAAUUGUCAGGAUGACUUGGAUUUCAAAAUAUUUAUAUCGACAUUUAUCAGCAUAUUAAUGUUUUUGUGCAUUUCUGUAUUUCAUGAAAGUAUUUGGUGGUAUACCUUGUAUUUCUCUUACAGGUUAAAAUGUUGGCUGAACCAUAGACUAAGAAGAGAGGUUAAAGACCAAUAUCAGUAUGACGUCUUUGUUUCUUACAACACCAGUGAUGAGCAAUGGGUAAUAGAGCAGCUGCUGCCCAACUUGGAACAAAAUGGGCCACCUUUUUUUAGGAUUUGUAUCCAUAAUCGUGACUUUGAGAUUGGGAGAGACAUUGUAGAGAACAUAGUAGACAGUAUCUAUAAUAGCAAGUGGACAAUCUGCCUUAUUACACACAGUUAUCUACAGAGUCACUGGUGCUCUCUAGAGAUGCGAAUGGCAACUUACAGACUCCUGGCACAGAGGACAGACUCUCUUAUACUGAUAUUUCUUGAACAGAUCUCUAGAGAAGAGCUGCAAUAUUACCACAGACUGACUAAGCUGGUUGAUACAAAAACUUACCUGGACUGGCCUGACAACGUCAGUGGACAACAAUUGUUUUGGACCAGGCUGCGUAAGGUUAUUGGUGGUGUUAACAAAAGUAACCAAUAAAUAGCUCCAGCGA